ACACGGCAAAGGUUUUUGAGAAAUUGAUUCAUAUCCGCCACUCGUGUUUUGUUGAUAUUGCGAUUAUUACGUGAUUUGUUUGACUACACAGCGAUCGAAGAUAUUAUUCAUGUCCCACUGGUGGAAGAAGUUACGAAGGAUAGAUUGGUAUGGCAAGCAGAGGAGAAUGGUUGCUAUAGUGUGAGAUCGGGGUAUCGUAUGUGGAGGAAUAUGCGGAGGCAAAGUGGAAAUUCGGAUGUGACGACAUUUUGGAGUAAUCUUUGGGGUAUUAAGGCUCCUCCCAGAGUAAAACAUCUUUUAUGGAGAAUUUGUCAAGAUUGUCUUCCAAAUAGAGCCCGUCUUCGUCAGCAUCAUGUUCAGUGCCCGGAUGUAAAGUCGCUUUUUGGUGACAUAUGCGACAAAGAGGAUAGGAAAACUGCUGGUAGAGUGGCGGUGAUGAUGGAGGUUAUGUGGAGAAAUAGAAAUGAGUGUAUUUGGAAUAAUGAGAAGGAGGAGGCUUCGAAGCUAGGUUGGUUGGGUUUCCACAAGUGGCGGGAAUAGUUUGAAGUUCAAAAGCCGGGUGGAGUUGAUUCCGGGCAGCAUCACGAAAUUCUUUGGAUCCCUCCGGAUUCGGGUCGGUAUAAGUGUAAUGUGGAUGCGGGUUUCAACAAUAUUUGUGGAACAUCUAAUCGGGGUUGGUGUUUUCGGAAUAGCUCCGGUGAUUUUCUAAGUGCAGGUGUGGCGUGGGAUCCAGGGACGCUUUCUAUCAUUGAAGCGGAAGCUAUAGCUCUUAAAGAGGGUAUUCAACAAGCUAUAUCUAUGAACAUUACCCAAGCUACUUUCGAAAGUGACUCGCUUCGGGUGGUACAAGCUAUCCAUUCCAAUAUCACAGGAGUGUCGGAGUUUUCUACUCUUAUUAAGUUCAUUCAGUCGCUUUUAGCUAAUUAUCCAAACUUUGAGGUUGGUUUUGUUAAACGUCAAGCGAAUAUGGUUGCUCAUUCGUUAGCAAAGGCGGCCAAUUCUUGAGCUAUACGUAGUCGUAUCUAUAAUGUUCCUCUUUGUAUUGAAUCUUUAAUUAAU